ACACUUAACAGUUGUAACAAAAGCAUGAAAAAGCUUUACUCUCAAAGAAGAUGCUUAAGAGCUUGGUAACAAACCAGGAUUUUUUCAUUGGGGCACCUCCAUAAAGUGUGUGUGUGGGUGUGUGGGGGUGUGUGUGUGUGUGUGUAUGUGUGUGUAUGGACCUGUAGCUUGGGUAAAUUAGUUUAAAGCUCUAUAACUUUGUAAGUUUAGAGCUCUGGAAAGUGAAGGAAGCGAAUAUUAUCAUAGACUUGGAGGAAGACCCAGUUCUGUUUUUGUCCAUUUUUCAGCUUGUAUUACAACUUAUUUGUGAAAUUACUGCGAAAGAAGUAUGGAUAGUCCGAAUCAGGAUACGAUUAAGCAAUUUCGUUUGUUAAUGGAGGAAGUAGAUGAGCCACUGAAGAAUACGUUCUGGAAUAUGCACCAGGGAUAUCCUAAUGAAACAUUGGUGCGAUUUCUUAAAGCAAGAGACUGGAAUGUUGGCAAAGCCCAUAAAAUGUUGAUUGAUUGUCUACAAUGGAGGAUACAAAAUGAGAUUGACAACAUAUUGGCGAAACCGAUCAUCCCCACUGAUUUGUACAGAGCAGUCCGAGAUUCUCAGCUUGUGGGAUUGUCUGGUUACUCAAAAGAGGGUCUUCCUGUCAUUGCUGUUGGUGUUGGGCUUAGCACUUAUGACAAAGCAUCUGUAAAUUAUUAUAUGCAGUCACACAUCCAAAUGAAUGAAUAUAGAGAUCGGGUUAUAUUGCCUUCUGCAACACGAAAGCAUGGACGACAUAUUGGUACCUGUAUAAAAGUUUUGGAUAUGACUGGUUUGAAGCUUUCAAAACUAAGCCACAUAAAGCUUGUGACAGAUAUAUCUACAAUAGAUGACUUGAACUAUCCAGAGAAAACAGAUACAUACUAUAUUGUCAAUGCUCCUUACGUAUUUUCAGCCUGUUGGAAGGUUGUAAAACCUCUUUUGCAAGAAAGAACAAGGAGGAAAAUCCAGGUGCUUCAGGGUUGUGGGAGAGAUGAAUUACUCAGAGUAAUGGAUUAUGCAUCCCUACCACAUUUUUCUCGGAAAGAGGGCUCUGGAUCUUCCCGGCAUUAUGAGAAUGGACUUGCUGAUAAUUGUUUCUCCUUCGAUCAUGCUUUCCAUCAAGAACUCUACGAUUACAUCAAUCAACAAGCUGCACUUAUGGAGUCCGUUGCACCGAUCAAAGAAGGGUCAUUCCAUGUGAAUCUCCCUGAGCCAGAUCCAGAAGACGCCAACAUUGCUAAGGUCAUAGAAAGUGAGUUCCACAAGUUUGAAAAUCACAAGGGACUCUUCAAGUCACUAAGCAACCUAAGAGUUAAUGGUGCAUGAAAGUUGGAUAGCUGUGAUUCUGCAUUUAUACCCAACAAGACACUGAAAACCCAAAUUUUAUAUGAUCAAACAAAUAGAAAUCCUCAAAAGAGAAUAUAGGGUUCGUCUUCUGUUAUCUGAUGAUGUAACAGUGAGUUCUUGCAUCGACUCAAUGCAGGGAUAUUUAGGACCAAGUAAUUGGUGUAGCUCCACAUUACCACCUUGGGGUGGAUAAUUAUAAUUUCUUCACAA